AUGCUUGUGGAUGAUAUUGGAGAUGUCACAGUGACCAAUGACGGAGCUACGAUCCUCUCGUUGUUGGACGUGCAACACCCGGCAGGAAAGAUUCUCGUUGAGUUGGCCCAGCAGCAGGACCGUGAAGUGGGCGACGGAACGACGUCGGUGGUGAUUAUUGCCAGCGAGCUUUUGAAAAGAGCAAACGAAUUGGUCCGCAACCAGAUCCACCCAACCACAAUCAUCACAGGCUACCGUUUGGCGUUGCGCGAGGCUGUGCGCUACAUUGGCGAGGUUCUUUCGCAGAACGUGGCCGAUUUGGGCCGCGAGACCUUGGUGAACAUUGCCAAAACGUCCAUGCUGUCGAAAAUCAUCGGCGCAGACCUGGACGUGUUUGCCCGCAUGGUGGUGGAUGCCAUGGUGGCUGUGAAGACGACGUCCGCACGCGGCGAGACUCGCUACCCGGUUAAGGCUGUCAACAUCUUGAAGGCGCACGGCAAAUCGCUGCGUGAGUCUGUCUUGGUCGAUGGCUACGCUUUGAACUGUACAGUGGCAUCGCAAGCCAUGGUCAAGAGCGUCAAGAACGCUCGUAUUGCUUGUCUCGACCUCAACUUACAAAAGGCCAGAAUGGCCAUGGGCGUGCAGAUCAACGUGUCUGAUCCAGACCAGUUGGAGGCGAUCCGUGAACGUGAGUAUGGUCUUGUGCUUGAGAGAAUCCGCAAGAUUAUCAACGCAGGUGCGAAUGUCGUGCUUACCACCAAAGGUAUCGACGACUUGUGCUUGAAGGAAUUUGUGGAGGUGGGAGCCAUUGCCGUUCGUCGGUGUAAAAAGGAAGAUUUGCGCCGCAUUGCCAGAGCUACAGGUGCUACGUUGGUAUCGAACUUGGCCAACUUGGAUGGCGAGGAGACUUUUGAGAGCUCCAACUUGGGUUCGGCUGCUGAAGUGGUGCAAACCAGAAUCUCCGAUGACGAGUGUAUUUUGGUCAAGGGAACUCGCCAACACCUGUCUGCGCUGAUCAUUUUGCGUGGACCUAACGAUUACCUGUUGGACGAAAUGGAGCGUUCCGUGCAUGAUUCCUUAUGUGUGGUGAAACGUACUUUGGAAAGUGGGAGCGUCGUGCCAGGAGGUGGUGCUGUUGAAGCUGCUCUUAACAUCUACUUGGAAAACUUUGCCACGACAGUGGGACUGCGUGAGCAGUUGGCUAUUGCCGAGUUCGCCAAUGCCCUUUUGGUGGUUCCAAAAACACUUGCAGUUAAUGCAGCGAAAGACCUGAGUGAUUUGAUUGCAAAAUUAAGAACAUAUCACGCAGCCUCGCAAACGGCAGCUCGUGACGAUACUAAACGCAAGGCGUACAAGAACUGUGGUUUGGACUUGAUCAACGGUAAGAUUGUUAAUGAGGUCGUGAACGGUGUUUUGGAGCCUACAGAGAGUAAGGUCAAGUCGUUGAAGUCUGCAUUGGAGGCAUGUGUGUCGAUUUUGCGUAUUGAUACCAUGAUUACCGUGACGCCGGACCAGCCGAAGGAGGACCCACACCAACAUUAA